UGUAGUGUUCAUUGCGCAUGUGCGAAAACCGAGUCCCGUUGACAACAGUUGACAACACUGCGCAAGGUUUGAAAACACGAGUUCCGUGGUUUCGUGUGUGGUGUUGAUAAUGAAUAAAAUUGAGUUUGUUUAAUUGUGAUUUUUACAGUACAGUGAUAUACGUUUACUGAUAUGUAGUCAAGAUGAUGAAGGACUAUUGUAUGACGAACGAUUCCUUAGCACCCAUAUGCAAAUACGGCAUAUGCCGUGUCCGUGAAAAAUGAUAAAAGAGAAUUGUCUAUGAAAAAUGUGAAGGUGCUUUGUUGUGCUCGUGAUAGGAGACCAGAUUACGCAGCAGUGAGUUUAGACAAAGAGUUGGAAGAAAAGGAUUCAAGAAGUGCGUACACAAGAGAUACGACGAUAAAGCGAUUGCUGAUGUCACCACACACUGAUCUGAUACACGAAGACCAGAGAUGAGGAUGAUCCAUCUGCGAAGAUUAUUGUGACAACAGAAUGUGGCAUUCACCAAUGUAGAUGAGAAGAGAUAUAAACGUGAGCAAAUCUUUGGAGUCAAGAUCGAGUUGGAAAGAGAGCGAGAGAGGACCAAAUUGGAGAGAUCUGACUCAUCGGAGGAACUAUCAGAUUCUGAUGAGAUAGAAAAAUGACAAAAAAUAUUGAUCAAACGAUUAUCAUCCAAGAAGAUGGUUCCUGGAUGAGUAUACGUGUCUGAUCAAGGAUGAGAUGAUGAGAAGAUACUGAGAAUAUUGAUGAGAAGAUAUGUGGAGAGAAAAAAGUUCUCAGGUCUAAUACCGAGGUGAUUAUCUCAGCGAGGUGUGUGACAAUAUAACUCCGUAAAGGAAACGGAAGAAGAACGGAUACAGGACGAAGAGGAAGACAAAUCAGGCAAGAGUUCACAGAUGGGAGUUCAGAUUAUGAAGAUUACAAUACACUGAUUCCGAAGAAAAAAUCACGAUUAAAGUUUGUGUUCGUCCACAAAAAAAACAGAAUUAGUGACGGAAAACGAGAAAGGUAAAGAAAGGAAAAAGAGAAAGGAGGGAUAUAGCAGAAACAAGCGGAAGUUGAGGCCAACAAACUGAUUGAGGAACGAUGGAGAGAGAAAUGUCACUUAUAUCUCAUAUAUAAAUUAUAUAUAUUUUAGCGAUAUGAUAAAAACUGAGGUUACAUUUGUAUUUAUAGUUUCGAUAUUAUUUUCCAUAAAACGAAAAAACAAAACAAAAAUCUACGUAUAAAUAUUGGUAAAAGCAUUUAAUUUUCAGUAUGCUAUAUAGGAGACUCUGUGCAAAAGAGACACAGAUAGGCAACAAGGAUAAUAUCGAGUAGGAGAGCAAGCUGAACGACGUUUGUACAGAUCAUGAAAACGACGAGGUAGAAUAAGAGACUUGGAAGUUACACGAGCUGAAGAGGGAAGGGAGCAGCUCAAGGAGGACCAUCUGGAGAUCGAUCGUAUUCGCAACAUGACCGAGGAGGAACGAAGGCAGGAGGCAUGAUUGAAUCUAAAGAUGAUCACUAAUAAAGCGGCAAAAGAAUUCUCCAUUUGCAAUUAAUACCAUAUACGUUGAACAAACUCGCUAUAGUGAUUUGACAAAGGUUAUUUAAUAUACUGAUAAUUAUGGCGAAAGCUUCCUCACAUGCAGAUCAAGCAUGGAAUCCAAAGCAUGUAUUGCAGAACUAUAUGAAAUUAUGCAAUCGUAGGUUGUUUUUGCAGCAGUUGGAUACUAAACCUGAGGACUUUACCAGCGAUUUUUACGAGACGUUACAAUUAUCAUACGACGCAGCUUCUUCACACAAGAAUAAGACGUUUACUGAAGGAUCACGUAAAACGUUGAAAGUCAUAGAAGACAGGCUGAGUGAUUUGAAUAAGCAAGUAACGGAAGGUAAAACAAACUUCAACAAUAUUAUAGCCCUUGCAACGUCUUACUGCAACAUGGGUAUACUGUACAGUUCUUAUACGAAAGAGAAGAGAUUACGCAGUGGUAGAAGUCACUUGAAGAGAUGUUUAGAAUUGUUAAAUGGAAAAGAACUGAAUCGCAGAGCUAUUUUGAUAGUUAUGAGAGCAACUAUGCAAUUGGAAUACAUUUUUCACAAACUGAAGGAACCAAAACAAUGUUGUCCAUAUUCACAUAAAGCGAUUGGUUUCUACCUUGAAUACACAAUGCAGCUGAAUUCGUUUCCUAUGCCUUUCGUCACACUUUCAGUUAAUCUCGACGUUGAAGAGUCUGAAAGCACAGACACUAUAAAAUCCAUGGUGACGUUGUUUUUAAACUUUUUAGCGCACGUAAAGACUUGUAAAUUGAAUAAGUGGGAUCCACUUGAUCUUAUACCUAUACAUAACUUUUUAAUGAAUCGGUGGACAAUAAUGUCAACAACUGUAUUAACUGAAGGUGUCACGUGGACUAAUAUCACAACUGCUUUUUAUUCAUACUGUUUACAUGAAAAACGCUUCAGUGAUGCUAGAAAUUAUCUUGCUGCUACACAAUACAUAUUGGAUGAAUAUGAGAAAGAAUUCAACGCUACGAAGGAAGCCAACAGUUUGCCUGAAGAUAAAAAUAUAGAUACAGAGUACUAUGAUCUAAGAGUACAUCUUGAUCAAGGAUGGGCUAAGUAUGGCAGUGCACUUUUGCUUCACUCGAAAUAUAACUUGUCCUAUAGCCAAAAGUCCGGAACUAAGAAAGCAGAUACAUCAAGAUCAACGUCUUCUAUCGAGCCCAAGGAAUCUGCGGAGCCAUUAACAUUUAAUUGGGAAAACGUGGACGAACGCAUAAAGGACAUCGCCAGUCAAGUCACUGAUAAAUAUGUAUCAAAUCUCAAAGAUGCUAAAGCAAUUUUCGUGCAUACUACAAAAUGGUAUGAAAAAAAUAAGGCAUGUUGUAUGGAGGCAGGAGACAUGUUUUCGUAUACAUUUCCAGCAUACAAUGUUACAUUAACAUAUAAGUAUUUAGAAUGCUUUCAACCGGAGAGAAAUAUGCGUAUAAAAAUGCACAAACGGCGAGUGCAGAUGUUAAAUGAUAUCAUAGUAUUCACUAAGGGAUAUGCACCAUAUGCGGUUCUAUUAAAGUUUUAUAUGGAUAUGUUUAUUUCUUAUGGCGCUAUUAUAGACAUGAUGAUGGAGAAUGCAGAAAUUGCUGGAAAACCAUUUACUGAAAUACAACCGGAAGUUCUUGAAUAUGUAAAACAUUGCGUAGAAUCUUGGGAAAAGUAUAACAUUGCGAAGGAUAAACUGACUAAAGUAAAAAGUACAAUGAACAUCCUAAAGUAAGGAAAAAGCAAGUUAACGUGGGACAUGAUUCUUUUUGCAAAAUUGUAACUAAUCUACUGAGUAUUGCAUAUUGACUAUAGACAAACAAUUUGCAAAAUCUCAAAUUUAGUUUGUUGUUAUUUUUAUAUAAAAACGUGUGGAUAAGUACUUUUUCCUUUCGUAUUAUAUACAUAUAUACAUAACUAUGUACAUAAAAUAUAUUCUGUAUAUAUGUAUAUAUAUACACAUAUAUG